AUGGAUUCGGACGCCGGUUCCACCUGCAGCCGCUCUUCAUCCCCUGACCUGGUGGUGGAUGACUCUGCUGGGAGUUUCUUCUCCAACAAGAUGUUCCAGAAAUACUGUCUGGAGAACCGACAGAGCAGCGAGGCCAGCCAGUGCAGAAUGGAGCACUGCAGUGAUGGAGGAAAGGCCAAAAGCAGAUCUGAGCUCAGCAAGGAAGAGGUGCAGGACCUGAGGCUCAAAGUCAACAGCCGGGAGAGGAAGAGGAUGCAUGACCUGAACCAAGCGAUGGAUGGCCUGAGGGAGGUUAUGCCAUACGCUCAUGGACCUUCUGUUCGCAAACUUUCAAAAAUCUCCACCUUGCUGCUGGCUCGUAAUUACAUCCUCAUGCUCUCCAGCUCCUUGGAGGAGAUGAAGAAGCUGGUUGGGGAUGUUUACAGUGGCAGCGCUGCUGCACAGAGCCGCUCCGCUGCUCACCACGCCAUCACCCCUGCACCCACAGCUGCCCACCUCCCAUUACAUCCUCUGGCCCAGUCUCUUCACUCUCUGGUGGGCAGCGCAUCUCUACAGCAUCACUCCUCUUCUCCCUCUUCAGCUCCAGCUCCACACUCCCCUCCAACAGCAACCUUCCUGGGCUUCCACGCUCCAGUCCAGAGCCUUCUGAAGGACCCGCUGCACCUGAGCAGCUCCUACAGGCACUUCCCUGGCAUGCCCUGUCCAUGCACGCUGUGCCAGCCUCUGCCCACUACAACCUCCACACUACACAGCUUGUCUAUGAACAAAUGA